GACGAUCUCCCCUCCCCGUCCUCUCCCACCCCUGGGUGAGGGGUGCGCGGGAGCCCACCUCUGUCACACCACGGUGACACGUUGUCCCCGUCCCUCGGGCUGGCUGGGGUACAACACCCCCUCCCUCUCCCCCCCUCCCCGUGAUGCCUGGGAGGGAAGCAUCCGUCUCCAUCACCAGACCCACAGCGGGAAUAGCAUGGGAGAAGCGUUUUCCAGGCAUGGGCAGCGUUAAGGAGCCCGAGGGGCUGCGGCUGCUGAGCUGCCAGGCUGGGGCCGAGGACGCCUGUGAGCCCAGUGCCAGCUCCCCUGGUUGCCCACCAGUGCGUGAGUGCCUGCCUGGCUCCGGUUGUGCUGCGGGGGGGCAUGCUGUGAGGACCUGCUGUGCGGCCACACCGGGGGCCCAGAGCACCAUGGCCAGCACAGUAGUGGAGAAGGUGCCGUCGCCGACAGGACCAGCUCCCAGCACGCUUCUCCGGGACACCGGCACAGAGCCAAGUGUGGCAGCAGCGACAGGGAGCUGCGGGGGACCAAGUGGCACUGCCCCAGCCUGUGGCCCUGCAGGGAUGGGGGUCGCCAGCACCCAGAAGAACACGGCCUCCGUGCCCCCCCUGCCCGAGCCCUGCCUCAAGGCACCCAGCAAGGAUGUGGGGAGUGCGCCAGCUCCUGCCAAACACGUGGCAUUCGCAGAGCCUGCUAUGGCUGCUGGAGCAGCAUCGGAGCUUCCAAGCCAGGGGCAGCCCCAGGGUAUCACAGGGACAUCCCUGGGUGCUGUACCCCAGCCAAGGGGUGGUGAAGCUCCCAAGAAUCCCCAGGGGGGCACAGCAGACCCUCCUGGCACCAGCACUGCGGGGAGCAAGGGCAAAAGUGAGUCAAGGUCAAACCCCAUUACCCCAGGCCAGGGCAGAGCUGAGGAGAGCCCAGCCCGGCGUGCGGACGCUGGGAGCAGCCAGCAGCCCCAGCAAAGCAAGCUGCUCUGCGAGUCCUACUCCUUUGAGGUGACCCCACCGCAGGAUGCUGGGACGCAGGACAUGGGGACACAAGUGGACAACCGAGCAUCCCUGGUGUCAGUGGCCUUGAGUCCCAUGAGCCCCCCAGGUGGAGCUGCUGCCUUCACUUUCCCCAAGAGGGAGCUGGGCUCUGCUGCUGCCCCAUGCCUGGAGCCCUCCAAGAAGGAUGCGGAGAUGCAGGUGUCCAUGCCUGUGGAGACCCGCUCCGUGGCCACUGGCCCCAUGACACCAGUGGCCAAGUCCCCGCAGGCCUCGUAUCCCGAGGUGCAUGUGAAGGGGACGGUGGUGGAGGAGACUCCGGAGCCCAUCCGGGAAGUGAGCUGGGACGAGAAGGGGAUGACAUGGGAGGUGUAUGGGGCCUCCAUGGAGGUGGAGGUGCUGGGCAUGGCCAUCCAGAAGCACCUGGAGAAGCAGAUCGAGGAGAGGCAGGUGGUGGUACCCGCGCAGAGCACCCGCACCGGCUCCGUCAAGGGAGACCCCCGCAAAGGCGAGGAGCCCAAGAGGCAGCCCAGUGUCUUUCGGGCUCUGCUGCAGAACGUCCGGCGGCCCCGGUGCUGCUCCCGCACCGGCCCCGCCAUGGAGUGAGUUGCUGCUGCUGGGGUGGGGGUGUCAUGGGGCUUCUUGUGGGAGGUGAGGGGGGGUCCCUGCCCUGGCAUCCUGAGACACCUGCUGCCAGUGUGCAGAGCUCCUGGGGCAGGAGGUGAUGGAGCACUGCAUGCUGGGGCAAGGCAUCUCCUUUGCUGGGGGUCCCCUUCCAGCCUGGUGUCCCCCCACCGAGCUAGCCCCAUGAAGGUACCCUGGGAUAUGAUUCUGGUGCCCUGUCUCUGUGCUUCGUGGCGUCUGUCAGCAUGAAGAAGCACAUGGCUUCUUCCAGCCAGAGGCAUCUGCCCAUGGCACAGGUCUGGAGAGGGCUCAGGGUGGGCAUGGGCAGGGUGCUGCUGGCUCCCCUGAGCUCUGGCCUCACUCACAUCCCAGGCAGCAGCAUCGCUCCCCAUGCUGGAGAGUUGCUGGUGCAUUCCUGUGCCACUGCUUUGCCUGCCCAGGGCUCAGCCACACUCAGACCAGCCCAUGGCCAUACACAUGCAGCUCCCUGUGGCUGCCCAUCCAGCCCUGUGCAUCCCAGCCACAGCCCCAUCCUCUGCCCCACUGUGUGCUGUGGGUGCUCUGGAGCUGGAAGGACGUAGGCACAUGGGACAUUGGGACUGAAAUGGGAGAGACUGGGACCAACCAUGACUAAUGGAGAGCUGUUCAUCCCCAUCACUGUGGCUGGAGGCACUUGAGGAGUCUGUCCCCAUGGCCCCCAGCUCCCCCUGCCUGGGGCCUGCCCAGAUCACAUCCUCACCAGGGCUGGUAGUGGGGAUGGGACCUGCCCUGCUGCCGGGGCCAUCCAGCUGCUCCAGUGCAGGGGAGGCCCCAUGUGCCUGGGACAUGGGUGCACAUCCCCGUGAGGUCCCUCCAGCUCUCCUCCAACAGCAGCCAGGGAUGCAGUGGUCUCAAAGCGCUGCCACUUUUUACAG